AUGGCCGCCGAGAUCCCUACCACUCAAUGGGCGCAGGUCGUCGAGAAGAGCGGUGGUCCCACCAAGUACCAGCAGGUCCCCGUCCGCCAGCCCGGUCCCGAUGAGGUUCUCGUCAACGUCAAGUUCUCCGGUGUCUGCCACACCGAUCUCCACGCCAUGAUGGGCGACUGGCCCCUUGACACCAAGCUGCCUCUCAUCGGUGGCCACGAGGGUGCCGGUGUCGUCGUCGCCCGCGGCCAGCUCGUCGAUGAUGUUGAGAUUGGUGACCACGUCGGCAUCAAGUGGCUCCACGGCUCUUGCCUCCAGUGCUCUUUCUGCCAGACCUCUGAUGAGCCUCUCUGCGCCAAGGCUCUCCUCUCCGGUUACACCGUCGACGGCUCCUUCCAGCAGUACGCUGUCGCCAAGGCUGCCCACGUUGCUCGCAUCCCCAAGGAGUGCGACCUCGAGGCCAUCUCCCCCAUUCUCUGCGCCGGUAUCACUGUCUACAAGGGCCUGAAGGAGUCCGGUGUCAAGGCCGGCCAGACCGUCGCCAUCGUCGGUGCCGGUGGUGGUCUCGGUUCCAUCGCUCUCCAGUACGCCAAGGCCAUGGGCAUCCAUACCAUUGCCAUCGAUGGUGGUGAUGAGAAGAAGGCUCUCUGCGAGUCUCUCGGCGCCAGCACCUUCGUCGACUUCACCAAGUCCUCCAACCUCGUCGCCGAGGUCAAGGCCGCUACCUCCGAUGGUCUGGGCCCCCACGGCGUCCUCCUGGUCGCUGUCCAGGAGAAGCCCUUCCAGCAGGCUACUCAGUACGUCCGCAGCCGCGGUACCGUCGUGUGCAUUGGUCUCCCCGCCAACGCCAGCCUCUCGGCCCCCGUCUUCGACACUGUCAUCCGCAUGAUCAGCAUCAAGGGCUCUUACGUCGGCAACCGUGCCGAUACCGCCGAGGCCAUCGAAUUCUACCGCCGCGGCCUCAUCAAGGUCCCCUUCAAGACCGUCGGUCUCUCUGAGCUCCAGAACGUCUACGACCUCAUGACCGCUGGCAAGAUUGCCGGUCGCUACGUCGUUGACACCAGCCGAUAA